UCUCUCUCUCUCUUUUCGGCCUCUAACUUAGCGGAGAGCACACUCUCCCCCUAUUCUCUCUCUUCUCUCUGCGUAACAUUUCUGCAACCUGUUUCCAGCUAGGGUUUCUUCUCCUUGCUCGAAUAACCGUGCAGCUCAUUUCGCCUAUAUCCGAAAACACCCAUUCCUCUCUGUACAUUGAUCGCUCCACUGUGGAUUGCUUCUUGCUCUCUGCUUUGUUUCUUUAAGACGGUACUCAGUGCCGUGAUCUCAUUCAAGCUCUCCGAGAAACUGGCUUAGUGGGAGAGCGGGAGAAAUAAAGCUUGCAUGCGUUUCCUCUAGAGAGAGAAAACAAUGUCGGGGAGACGAGGAGAGCCGCCACAGCGGCGCCUACCACGAACACAAACAGCCGGUAACUUGGGGGAAUCUGCUUUUGAUAGUGAGGUUGUCCCCUCCUCUCUCGUUUCAAUUGCACCAAUUCUUCGUGUUGCCAAUGAGCUUGAGGCCAAGCACCCUCGUGUCGCUUAUCUAUGCCGAUUUUAUGCUUUUGAGAAGGCCCACCGGUUGGAUCCCACCUCUAGUGGUCGUGGUGUUCGCCAAUUCAAAACUGCUCUUCUGCAAAGACUGGAGAGGGAUGAUGAGCCCUCUCGAAUGGGCAGAUCAAAAAGUAGUGAUGCGCGUGAAAUGCAGAGCUUCUAUCAGAAGUACUACCAAGAGUAUGUUCGAGCAUUGGAUAGGGCUGCUGAUAAGACUGAUCGUGCACAAUUGGCAAAAGCCUAUCAAACUGCUGCUGUCCUUUUUGAGGUUCUGAAGGCUCUCAGCCAGAGUGCCUCUGUUGUAGUAGAAGAUGAGAUUUUAGAAGCUGGCAAUGAAGUUGUUAAGAAGACAGCAAUUUUUGUGCCUUACAAUAUUCUUCCCCUUGAUCGUGGUAGUGCAAAUCUGGCAAUUAUGCAGCUACCCGAGAUAACUGCUGCAGUUAAUGCACUUCGAAAUACACGGGGUUUACCAUGGCCCCGUGACUAUAAAAGGAAGCCAGAUGAGGACCUUCUUGACUGGCUUCAGGUUAUGUUUGGGUUUCAGAAGGACAAUGUGGCUAAUCAAAGGGAGCACUUGAUAUUGCUGCUUGCAAAUGUGCACAUUCGGAAAAUUAAUAAGCCUGACCAGCAGCAGCAGCCAAAGUUGGAUGAACAUGCUUUGAAUGAUGUCAUGAAGAAGCUAUUCAAGAAUUACAAGAAGUGGUGCAAAUAUUUAGAUCGGAAGAGUAGCCUAUGGUUACCAAGUAUACAGCAGGAAGUGCAACAGCGUAAGCUGUUGUACAUGGGUCUUUAUCUUCUUAUCUGGGGAGAGGCUGCAAACUUGCGGUUCAUGCCAGAGUGUCUCUGUUAUAUAUAUCAUCAUAUGGCCUUUGAGUUGUAUGGCAUGCUGGCUGGAAACGUGAGUCCUAUGACGGGCGAAAACAUUAAACCUGCCUAUGGAGGAGAUGAAGAAGCUUUUCUCCGAAAAGUUGUAACACCAAUAUAUCAGACAAUUGCAAAGGAAGCAGAAAGGAGCAGAAGAGGAAAAUCAAAGCACUCCCAAUGGAGGAACUACGAUGAUUUGAAUGAGUACUUCUGGUCAGUUGAUUGUUUCCGCUUGGGGUGGCCCAUGCGUGCUGAUGCUGAUUUCUUUUAUCAGCCAUUCUCUGAGUUCCGUUCAGAUAAGAACGAUAGCAAUCGACCGGCGGGUAGAGAUAAAUGGGCGGGCAAGGUGAAUUUCGUUGAGAUACGAUCAUUUUGGCAUAUUUUCAGAAGUUUUGACAGAAUGUGGAGCUUCUUUAUCUUGGCAUUACAGGCAAUGGUUAUAGUUGCAUGGAAUGGUUCUGGCGAACCUAGUGGAAUUUUUGAUGGUGGUGUUUUCAAGAAGGUCUUGAGUAUAUUCAUCACUGCUGCUGUGUUGAAGCUUGUGCAAGCUGUUGCGGAUCUAAUUUUGAGCUGGAAAGCUAUGAGGCGCAUGAAUUUUUGGGAUAUCCUGAGAUACAUCUUGAAGAUUGUUUCUGCUGCUGUAUGGGUGAUCGUUCUGCCCGUAUCAUAUGCCUACACCUGGGAAAAUCCAUCGGGGCUUGGAAAGACCAUCAAGAACUUGUUUGGGAACAGUAGGAAAACCCCUUCGUUAUACAUUUCAGCUGUUGUUGUGUACUUAUCACCUAAUAUACUUGCCACUGUGCUUUUCUUGUUCCCUUGGGUACGACGAGUUCUAGAAAGAUCGAACUGGAAGAUCGUGACCUUCAUGAUGUGGUGGGCCCAGCCUCGGCUCUAUGUAAGCAGGGGAAUGCAUGAAAAUACAUGUUCCCUUUUCAAGUACACAAUGUUCUGGGUUCUUCUUAUUAUAUCAAAGUUGGCGUUCAGUUACUAUGUUGAGAUAAAGCCCCUGGUGGAACCAACUAAGGAAAUUAUGGCUAUGCAAGUUGGGAAUUUUGAAUGGCAUGAAUUCUUUCCACGAGCCAAGAACAACAUCGGUGUUGUGAUUGCAUUAUGGGCUCCUAUUAUUCUUGUCUAUUUCAUGGAUACCCAAAUAUGGUAUGCUAUUUUCUCUACUCUAUUUGGAGGUAUCUAUGGAGCCUUCCGCCGUCUUGGUGAGAUUCGCACAUUAGGUAUGUUGAGAUCUCGGUUUCAAUCUUUACCUGGUGCUUUCAAUGGCUGCUUAGUGCCAAAGGAGAAGAGUGAUGAGAAGCAGAAAGGAUUCAAGGCCACCUUUUCACGAAAAUAUGAAAAGAUUGAGCUUGAAACUGGGAAUUUGCUCGAGGCUGCGAAAUUCUCUCAACUUUGGAAUGAAGUUAUUAGUAGUUUCAGAGAGGAAGAUCUUAUUAGUGACAAGGAAAGGGACUUACUGCUUGUCCCAUAUUGGUCUGAUCCUGAUUUGGACCUUAUUCAGUGGCCUCCUUUCUUACUUGCUAGCAAGAUACCGAUUGCAUUAGACAUGGCAAAAGACAGCGAUGAUAAAGACCGUGAACUGAUGAAGAGAGUUCUAAGGGAUAAUUAUAUGCUUUGGGCUGUUCGAGAGUGCUAUGCAUCAUUUAAGAGUAUUAUGAAGCAUUUAGUUGUUAGGCAAUGGGAGAAAAAGGUUGUUGAGCACCUUCUAGAAAAAGUUGACAAAGCCAUUGAAAACAACGAAUUGACAAAACAGUUUAACAUGAGUUAUCUUCUAGUCCUCUACAAGCACUUUGUGAAGCUAAUUGAGUUCUUGAAAGAAAAUAAUAAAGAGAACAGGGGUCAAGUUGUCAUAGUUUUCCAAGACAUGCUGGAAGUUGUGAUUAGAGACAUAAUGGAUGAGUCCAUUGCAAGUAUAUUAGAUUCUUUGCAUGGCUCCGAUGCCAGCGAGGAAGUUAUGGCUCUGGAAGAGAAGACCCAAUUAUUUGCAUCAGCAGGAGCAAUCAAGUUUCCUAUACCUAAUACAGAUGCCUGGAAAGAGAAGAUCAAAAGGCUUCAUCUACUGUUGACCGAGAAGGAAUCUGCCAUGGAUGUGCCUUCCAACUUAGAAGCAAAAAGGCGAAUUACUUUCUUCACUAACUCUUUAUUUAUGUACAUGCCACCUGCACCCAAAGUUCGUAACAUGCUCUCGUUUAGUGUUUUAACCCCAUAUUACACAGAAGAUGUCCUUUUCUCUAUACCUGCUCUCAAAGAGCCUAAUGAAGAUGGUGUUUCUAUCCUUUUCUACCUGCAAAAAAUUUAUCCAGAUGAAUGGACCAAUUUUCUUGAGCGAGUGGGAUGCAAAUCUGAAGAAGAACUUAGGAAUACUGAGGGCCUUGAGGAGGAGCUCAGAUUGUGGGCAUCCUACAGGGGCCAAACAUUGACGAAAACAGUUAGGGGAAUGAUGUAUUAUCGAAAGGCUCUGGAGCUGCAAUCUUUUCUGGAUACAGCCAAAAAAGAAGAUAUUUUGGAAGGUUACAAGGCAGUUGAACCAGAAGAACAAAAAAACAUUGGACGCUCGUUGUGGGCACACUGUCUUGCUGUUGCCGAUAUGAAGUUCACUUACGUGGUUUCAUGCCAGCAAUAUGGAAUUCAAAAGCGUUCUGGUGACCCACGUGCACAGGAUAUUCUAAGGCUUAUGGUGAAAUAUCCAGCCCUCCGUGUAGCUUACAUUGAUGAAGUUGAAGAACCUUGCCCCGGUAAAUCCAAGACAGCUACCGAGAAGGUCUAUUACUCGGCUUUAGUGAAGGCCGUACCCUCUCAGGACCAGGAGCAACAGUUGGACCAGGUGAUCUAUCGCAUUAAGCUUCCAGGCCCUGCUAUGAUUGGUGAAGGAAAGCCAGAAAACCAGAAUCAUGCUAUUAUUUUCACACGUGGUGAAGGUUUGCAAACCAUUGAUAUGAAUCAGGAUAACUACUUGGAGGAAGCCUUCAAAAUGAGAAAUUUAUUGGAAGAAUUUCUGAAACAUCAUGGUGUGAGACAACCAACCAUCCUUGGGCUUAGGGAGCAUAUAUUUACUGGAAGUGUUUCUUCACUUGCCUGGUUCAUGUCAAAUCAAGAGACCAGUUUUGUUACUAUUGGACAAAGAUUGCUAGCAAACCCAUUGAAGGUGCGAUUUCACUAUGGUCAUCCAGAUGUCUUCGAUAGAUUGUUUCAUCUCACAAGGGGAGGAGUGAGCAAAGCCUCAAAAACCAUCAACCUGAGUGAAGACAUUUUUGCAGGCUUCAAUUCAACACUCCGUGAAGGCAAUGUAACUCAUCAUGAAUACAUGCAAGUUGGCAAAGGGCGAGAUGUGGGUCUGAAUCAGAUCUCUAUGUUUGAGGCAAAGAUAGCCAAUGGAAAUGGUGAGCAGACCCUGAGCCGGGAUAUAUAUCGUCUAGGACACCGUUUCGAUUUCUUCCGGAUGCUCUCAUGUUAUUUCACCACUGUGGGCUUCUACUUUAGUACUCUGAUUACGGUGCUCACUGUCUAUGCCUUCUUGUAUGGUCGCCUUUAUCUUGUUCUUAGUGGGCUUGAAAAGGCAAUGAUCAGGCAAGCGUCUGCACAAAGUAGCACGUCUGUUCAAGUGGCCCUUGCUUCUCAGUCCUUUGUGCAGCUAGGGUUUUUGAUGGCGUUGCCCAUGAUGAUGGAGAUUGGGUUAGAGAGGGGCUUCCGAAAUGCUUUGAGCGAUUUUGUGUUGAUGCAACUGCAAUUGGCACCUGUGUUUUUUACAUUCUCCCUGGGGACUAAAACCCAUUAUUAUGGAAGGACCUUGCUUCAUGGAGGUGCCAAGUAUAGAGCAACAGGCCGUGGCUUUGUGGUCUUCCAUGCCAAGUUUGCAGAAAACUACAGGUUGUACUCCCGAAGCCACUUUGUCAAAGGGAUUGAGCUGCUGAUCUUGCUUCUUGUGUACGAAAUCUUUGGUGCAUCAUAUCAUAGCACAGUGGCAUACAUCUUGAUCACAUUCUCUAUGUGGUUUAUGGUUGGCACUUGGCUCUUUGCUCCCUUCCUCUUUAACCCUUCUGGGUUUGAGUGGCAAAAGAUUGUGGAUGAUUGGACUGAUUGGAAGAAGUGGAUCAACAACCGAGGUGGUAUUGGGGUGCCUACUGAGAAGAGUUGGGAAUCAUGGUGGGAUAGUGAGCAGGAGCAUCUGAGGGAUUCAGGGAUUCGCGGGCUUGCUACUGAAAUUAUUUUAUCUCUGCGCUUCUUUCUCUACCAGUAUGGGCUUGUUUAUCACCUAAACAUAACCAAGAAUACAAGAAAUGUUUUGGUUUAUGUUGGUUCAUGGCUUGUGAUCAUUGGGAUAUUGUUAGUGAUGAAGACUGUGUCAGUCGGACGGCGGAGGUUCAGUGCAGAGUUUCAGCUGAUAUUCAGACUGAUAAAGUUCUUUAUCUUCAUGACCUUCCUCACCAUCCUCAUUACCCUAAUACUCAUCCCCCACAUGACUUUCCAAGACAUUUUCGUCUGCUUCCUUGCCUUCAUGCCCAGUGGGUGGGGCUUACUCUUGAUUGCGCAAGCACUCAAGCCACUCGUGGUCAGAGCGGGGUUCUGGGGGUCAGUGCGCACGCUUGCUCGUGGAUAUGAGAUUGUGAUAGGUCUGCUCCUUUUCACUCCCAUUGCCUUCCUCGCCUGGUUCCCAUUUGUAUCCGAGUUCCAAACCCGUAUGCUCUUCAACCAAGCUUUCAGCAGAGGCUUGCAAAUCUCUCGUAUUCUUGGUGGUCAAAAGAAGGACCGUUCUUCUGACAACAAAGAGUGAAAAGAGUAGUUCUCUACCAUGUAGUGGUAACCUGCUGGUGAUUUAUACGCCCCUAGUGUUUGCCGUGUUACAGUAAUGGAACCCCCAUUUCAGUCUGUCUCGUGUAUAUAGAAACGGUGUAUUUCUAUGUUCCAUUUUGCUGGGGCUGAACAAUGAGGGGGAGGGCAUUUUCUUCAUUCUUGUGCAAUUACCUGACCUGGUAGAAGUUUCUUUUAAUUUAAAAUGUGAUUAAACAAUCUCUAUUACUGUGUUAAAUGUAUCCAUUGUAUUUGGCUUAUUGCUUGGUGGGAUGACUUCUUGUGCCCCUUAUAAUUUUAAAUGUGAUUAAACAAUUUUUAUUACUCUGUUAAA